CUUUCUCUCGACCACCAUUUCCAAGCACAGAGUCUAAAUUAUUCUAAACACCACUCGAGGAGGCAGGUGCUGUACAGAUGGGGAAACUGAGGCAGCACAGAGCGCAAAGACAGGGGGGCGUCAAAUUCCUCACUUGACGCUCCCUCAGCCAGCCCCUUCCUGGAAAGUGCCUGAGUAUCUUUGUAAGCCUCCGUUUCUUGAGACAGGGCCAGGGUUCGAACCGCAGACAUGCCUCUACUCUAGGUAAGACCCCUCUCGCUCUCUCCCGGCCUCGGCGAUCUGCUCUGCGCAAUGGAGCCGGCCGAGACGCCCUCUCUCCAGCCAGGAUCUGAGCCUUCGGAGACCACCGCACGACUCCGCCCCGUCGGCCGCCACUCACGCCCUCUACUGCUCUCCAUUGGCCGGACGAGCUGCUGCCCCGCCCCCACCGCGCCUUUGCGAGCUAAUCAUUUUCUUGAGACUGACAGCCUUGCCGACACCGCCCCUCCCCUGGGGCGGGAGCAAAGAGGCGGCAUAUGCGGAUUGGUUGAGAGGCAGGGGGCGGGGAGAGUUGGUGAGCGCCGAUUGCGGGCAGGGGCAGUGGCACAUGCGGAUUGGCCGGAGAGAGGGGAGAGCAGAGCAUGAUGAGUGUCGAUUGGACGGCUCGGCCCAAGUGGGCGGAACGCGGACGGUGCAGGGGGUGGGCCACGUGUCCAGCCCUAACGAAACGGUGACCCACCCCGGGAAGCCCGCAAGAGGCCUCAGCGGUGGCCGUCCGAACGCCGAGAGGUGAGGGUGUCCCCGGCCUCACCUGCGGAGGGGCCGUUCCGGGCUCGAACCCGGCACCUUCCGGAAAAUGGCAGCUGCCAGGCCCAGCCUGGGCCGAGUCCUCCCAGGAUCCUCUAUCCUGUUUCUGUGUGACAUGCAGGAGAAGUUCCGCCACAACAUCGCCUACUUCCCACAGAUUGUCUCAGUGGCUGCCCGCAUGCUCAGGAACACGACCCUGGACCUCCUGGACCAGGGGCUGCAGGUCCACGUGGUGGUGGACGCCUGCUCCUCACGAAGCCAGGUGGACCGGCUAGUGGCUCUGGCCCGCAUGAGACAGAGUGGUGCCUUCCUCUCCACCAGCGAAGGGCUAAUUCUGCAGCUUGUGGGUGAUGCCGCCCACCCCCAGUUCAAGGAGAUCCAGAAGCUCAUCAAGGAGCCCGCCCCAGACAGCGGACUGCUGGGCCUCUUCCAAGGCCAGAACUCCCUCCUCCACUGAACUCCAACCCUGCCUUGAGGGAAGACCACCCUCCUGUCGCCCGGACCUCAGUGGAAGCGCGUUCCCCCCAUCCCUGGAUGCCAAGAGUGGUGCGAUCCACCAGGAGUGCCGCCCCCUUGUGAGGGGGGGCAGGGUGCUGCCUUCCCAUUGGACAGCUGCUCCCGGAAAUGCAAAUGAGACUCCUGGAAGCUGGGUAGGAAUUGGCUGAGCCGAGGUGGAGGCGGGGCUCGGCCCCGGGCCACUUCACGGGGCGGGAAGGGGAGGGGAAGAAGAGUCUCAGACUGUGGGACACGGACUCGCAGAAUAAACAUAUAUGUGGC